GGGAAGACAUUGUGGGGUUGGGGGCAAUAUCGUGGGUUCAAAGCGUCGUCGACUUCUGCGAUCAUUCAGUGCAAGCUCGAGAGGCCAAGCUUCGUAGCCUUGCAGAAUGUCACCGUCCACUGUGAAUGAACAUCAUCCGGUCAUCAUCGUUGGCUGUGGUCCGGUUGGGUUGACAGUCGCGACCAACUUGGCCCGGCUUGGAGUUCCUGUUCUGGUGUUGGAGAGAAAUCCUGGGGUCGACCAGUCUCCCCGAGCAUCUGCAUAUCAACCCUGUGCGCAGGCUGAACUACUUGAGACAGGCACACUAGAUGAUGUGAAGAAGGAAGCUGUGAUCAACGACAGGCUCUCAUACUGGAUCGAUAAGAAACGGGUUGCAUACGUCGAAAAGCGCGAAGGUGGACAGGUCUUUCCGGCAGGUAUCAAUUGCCCUCAGCCGCAAUUGGCAGCUAUUCUACUCAAACACCUAACGACUCGUUACCAUUCGCAAGUCAAAUUCAAUCAGAACGUCAUCGAAAUAACUCAGCAUGACGACCAAGUUUCAGUAACGGCUCUUGACGCCACUACAGACCAAAAGACUCAAUAUACCUGUGACUGGCUCGUGGGCACUGACGGAGCGGGAUCAGGCGUUCGAAAACUCUCGGACAUUGCAUUUGAGGGAUUCUCCUGGCCCAAGGAAGAUUUUGUGGCCACCAAUAUCCGCUAUGACUUCUACCAGCACGGCUUCAGCACGGCCAAUUUCGUCCUAGAUCCGGUCAAUUGGGCAGUGGUAACAAUCCUUGGAGCCGAGAAAGAUCUCUGGCGAAUAGCCUUCGGUGUAAGGGCAGGGCUUACCAACGAGGAGAUCAAAGCCGAAUUGGACGAACACUACAAAGAGAUUUUCCCAGUCUGGCCUGUCAAAUAUGAACUCGUCCAGUUGAAUAAGUACAAGCCGCACCAGAGAUGUGCUAAGACCUUCAGGAAAGGAAGAGUCCUGUUAGCUGGAGAUGCUGCUCAUAGUAACAAUCCCAUCGGCGGCUUGGGCCUGACGACCGGACUGCUCGAUGCUGGUCCGCUUGGCCGUGCCCUCGCAGCGGUGAUCCAGGGCCGAGCUCCAGAGAGCCUGCUGGACACAUGGGCUACGGCACGACGCGAGAAGUGGUUGAGCUUUACGAACGAGUUUUCCAUAGAGAACAAGCGACUGAUGCAGAGAGCAGGGUACAGCGACGAUCCCCUAGGUAUAUGGAAGAUCGACGAUGUCGCACGCGAACACCAGAUGGAGCAGUGGCUUGCGAAGGCCACUCCAGAGAAGAAAGACGCAGACCUGAAGUUUUUCAAAGCUCUCGAAGACCCACAGGCUCAGCUCAUGAGCCGGAUGAAGCAGUGGGAGAUCACGAUGGAUCCGAUGUGGAUGGCACAGUACGAGGACCCUGAGGUCGUAAAGUACAGAGUGUCCUUGCGGCCGACUGCACUUUCGACGAACACUUUGAUGGGCUAGGAUAGUAAGGAAAUCCUGCAUACAGCGGUGUUGACACCUUCCUGAAACCUUUCAUUGCCCUCCUUCUUUUUGCGCCCCAUCUGGGAUCAUUACUGCCGUUUCUGUGAUGCGGAAGAAUCGACAGCAUGCUCAAGCAAGUAAAACC